AUGGCAAAGUUUACAUUUCUUACGCUAGCCCUUGUGGCACUUUUCAUUUUUUGCACAGAUAAAAAUAUGAAGGUUGUGGGAGCGAGUUGGGUUGAUAGAUGUUGCGAGAAUGAUUACAUCGGUGUAUGUAGACCUGGUACGAUUGACGAUCAAACAUGUGCUGAUUCGUGUAAAAAACAUUGUUUAGAUCAUGAAACGUCAGGAAAAUGUGUUGAAGCAUAUGUUUGUCGUUGUAUCGAAUGUAUUUCUUAA